ACAAUUCACGUACCACCUCUUACCUCAAAAAGAAUUUUGUGGAAGAGAAAACAGUUUAAAAAAUUUUAAAAAAACUGUUUUCACAAGGAAAAAAGUGACUCUCCUCGAUUUGUUAAGGACAAGAGUAAUUAACGAAUAACAACUCCAGGAAAAAGGAGUGAAAAAAUGGCUAAGGACAGGGCAAUUGGUGUGGCAGUGGAUUUCUCAAAGAGCAGUAAAGCAGCUCUGAGAUGGACCAUUGAAAACUUGGCUGCUAAAGGUGACACCAUUUACAUCAUCCACAUCAAAACUCACACUCUCGGCGAGUCUCGCGAUCAGCUCUGGGCUAAAACUGGUUCUCCACUUGUUCCGUGGGUGGAGUUUAGGGAGCCAGAUGUGCUGAAGUAUUAUGAUAUCAAGAGUGAUGUCCACGUUCUUGAUUUGCUUGAUACAGCUGCGAAGCAGAAAGAGAUAAAGAUUGUGGCAAAAGUGUAUUGGGGAGAUGCUAGAGAGAAAGUGUGUGACUCUAUUGAAGAUCUGAAGUUGAAUUCAUUGGUCAUGGGGAGCAGAGGCCUAAGUACCAUUCAAAGGAUAAUGUUGGGAAGUGUAACAAACUAUGUAUUGGCAAAUGCGGCCUGUCCAGUGACUAUAGUAAAGGAUCCUGAUUUCCACAAGCAUUGAUGAGAAGCAACUGCGAGAACGUGAGUGCCAAAUGUGAGAUUUGUUGGUCGAUGAAUAAGUUGAGACAUAAAUGGUUUUUAUAUGAAUUAUACUCUAUCCGUUUCAAAUUA